AUGAGCGAUCAGCGACUGCCUCCGUUCUGGUCCAGUCAUCAAGCUCAAGAUGGCCAAGUCUACUUCUACAACGAGCAGACUCAGACAUCCACCUACGAUAGACCAGUGCUGGAGGUGGCAAAUCGUAAACCGAAAAUAAAGAAGAUGCGAAGAAAGUCGCCAUUAUAUGGGACCCCAAAAUUCACUAUGCCACUGACAGAACCAUGGGUACUGGUAAUCACAACUACGGGCAACCGUUUCUUCCACAAUACCAGUACGAAACAGUCUACAUGGACGUAUCCAAACAAAGAGGUUGAGUCCUUCACGAGGGAAAAAAUGAUUGUGGAUGAGUUUUUGGUUUUGAUAGCGAAGGCGAGGGGAUUGAAAUUAGAAAAGGAAGAAGAGGAAGAUGAAGACGAGGAAAGUGAAGAAGAACAAGGUGAAGAAGACAGAAAAGAUAGAGAAGCGCAAGACGACAGUGAUGUACAAAAUGACUUUGCAGCAGACGAAAUUCAAAAUUCGGAUAUUUUAUCAGAUCAAGCUGGUUCAACUGUCGGAACAUCCGAACCACUAAGACUCUCAGGACAGAUACCACUCACCAGUACCACCCCUUCAAGACCAUUGAUAUCAGGUUACGACUCCUCUAGUGACGAGGAAGAUCCCCAUGAAGCUCCAAAACAGAGUAGCGACGAAAACCGAGCUUCCGUUGAAAGCGAGAGCUCUGCUGUGGAAUCGAUGACGGAUCUCCCAACUGACGAGUCUGGCUCAGAAGGAGGACUCAAUCUUUCAGAUUUGGAAUCCGACGAGAGUGUCUCAGCUGAAGAUAGCGAGACCAAUAAACCUGGCUGGACCGAGUUCAUGGCGAUGCUAAGCUCAGAAGGUGUUGAUCGGUUUGCUCCAUGGGAGCUCGUGGCCGAACAGCUGAUUGAAUCUCCAGGGUUUUAUGCUAUAGCAGACAAUCGCGGUAGGAAGGCAUGUUUUGACUACUGGGCCACUGAAAUGGGUAAAAAUAUUGCUGAAGAUGAAACAGAAUCUACCUUUGAGUCGCCAUUGGCCAGUUUUGUCAAAUUCGUGAAAGGUAGCCCUAAACUUUUCACCUAUUAUGCCGAGUUCAAGCGAAAGUUUCGCACCGAUCCUGGCUUUAAGGCCCUCGACAUUCCCGAUCGUGAGCGGGAAUCGCAGUAUCGUGACCUCGUGAAAUUUUUAAAGAGCACAGACAAAACGACAGUUUUGGCGACGAUUGUGGCAGGCUCUUCGGUGGUGAAAGCAGCUGUGAAGAGGCAUGAAGAUGUCAAUUUGCUGAUUCAAGGCAAUUACGAUGAGAUUGUGAGAGAUCUCAAUAUCGGCGAAUUUCUGGACAACAGAGUUGAGUUCAUUGCUUGUGAUGAUAUUGGAGUAAAACAGGCUGGAUUGGUGAAUGGAAUCAACGAGAUUGUGGAGGUUUUGAAGACAUAA